AUGGGUGAUGAGAGUGACUCGAGUGAAGACGGUUUUAUGGUAUCAACGCGACAUAACUUCAACCCCAAACCGCACCUUGUUACAAUCAUUAAAUCCGACACCGGUUUUGGUUUCAAUGUCAAGGGACAAGUGAGUGAAGGUGGUCAGUUACGAAGUAUCAACGGAGAAUUGUAUGCACCUUUGCAACACGUAAGUGCUGUACUUCGUGGAGGUGCAGCUGCGAAAGCUGGAUUAUUGAAGGGGGAUCGCAUUUUGCAAGUAAAUGGUGUUGACGUAGAAGGAGCAACGCAUAAACAAGUUGUGGAACUCAUAAAAGAUGGUGGUGAUAAGUUAUCACUAGUCGUGAUUUCUGUGAAUGCUGUUGAUGCAGAGCGUUUUGAAAAUGGUCUCCCUGACGAAAGUUGUACAUCAUAUGACUAUUCCGAAAAACGGUCAUUGCCCAUAACUAUUCCAAGUUAUCAGACAGUAACAGCUAAUGGAGAACGCUUUGUUGCUUACAAUGUACAUAUGGCUGGUCGACAUCUUGGAUCACGACGUUACAAUGAAUUUGUUCAAUUGCAUAAUUUACUCAAACAUGAAUUUAUUGAUUUUGAUUUUCCAAAAUUGCCUAGUAAAUGGCCAUUUUCAUUAUCAGAACAACAGCUGGAUGCUCGUCGACGAGGAUUGGAAUCGUACUUGGAAAAGAUUUGUGCUGUUAGAGUUAUAGCCGAUUCCGAUAUUAUGCAAGAAUUUUUGAUGGAAGACUCAUUGUCAGAAUGUGCGGUUGCUGAUGUGCACAUGCGUAUAUUAUUGCCAGAUGGCAAUUCUCUCCUGUUGAAUAUUAAGCGUCACUGCACAGCAAUAGAAUUAUAUAUGGCGACCCAGAAACGUUUGAAUAUGUCUCCAGACGCAGUUAGAUACUGUGCGCUGUUUGAAAUGACUGAAUGUGGAUUCGAACGGAAGUUAGCAGAUGACGAGUAUCCACAUGCUCUUUAUAUACAAAAUUAUUCGUCCGCAGCGUCAUCUUGCAUUUUACUUCGGAAAUGGAUUUUUGAUAUCGAUAAGGAAAUUGAACUUUGUGGACGUGAUAGGUUAUUCAAAGAAUUAUGUUUCUGGCAAGCAAUUACAAGUGUGAAUGCUGGCCUUGUAUCUGCCAAAGAAAAAAUGUUUCAGCUAAAAGCAUUGCAGAGCAUUGAAAGGGCUGAUAAGUAUUUAAAUAUGGUACGCACAAUGGAUGGUUACAACAGAGUUGUUUUUCCUCACUGUGGUUGUGGCAGUCGUAAAGAUGGUGAUAUUAUAUUAGGAGUUGAGUUUUCUCAAUUGACUAUACGAGCAUGCGAUUACGAGGGCAAUCUGCAGGAAGAAGAGCUGGUAUUCGAAUGGGCUGAUAUUUUGGAAUACAAAGUUGUUGAUAAUGGUGCUACAUUUGUAUUUGAAUAUGCUCGUUCACAAAAGAAGCCCAAAUUAGUCAAAUUACGCACUCAGUUUGCGGUAUAUAUGAACUUUUGCUUUUCACGAAUAUUCGAGGAACGUGAAGAACGCGCUGGGAUGAAUUUUUGUAAUGAGGACUAUUAA